CUCGUGAUAGCCGCUACCGUUCUCUUCGUCGACGAACAACCAUCCCAUGCUCCAUUCCUGUAGGACCCCGUCCACCGUUGUCAGCCCUGCGUGGUUCUUCUCGAGCAAGCAGUGAAUAAGGUACCUUGUCUUUUUGUCAUCAUUCUUUGAGUAAACUUUGAAAACCUAAUUGAGUGCUCCCAUGCCACUAUGGGCCUGUCUCCAGCCUCAACAUCACUCAUCGUCUCACCCUUCAUGCUUUCAUCUUGUCUCUGACCCUCAGUCUCACACUUAUCUGUGCAUCCUCAGCUCGCCGUCACCACAAAGCUCACACUCUUACACUCUAUUGUGCUUCCAGGUCUCUGAUCGCUGUUGUGGUUCAAACCAUUUAGUUUGAGCUUUUUACCUACUCUUGCUCUGCAUCAAGUAAUCGGGAAGACACAGCACACUUGGCAGUUAACUGCUAUUUGGGAUGAAUAUGGAUGUCAAUGUCAUUGCAGAUCCCACAGAGAAGCUUAAGGGUGUCCAAAUCUCAUCCCUUGAUGAUAAUGAUGAUGAAGAGGUCCAUAUUGAUGAUGAGCAUGAAGAAUAUGACUCUAACGAUGAGGAGGAGGAAGACCCUAUUACUUUAGGUUUCGUUGAGAAACCUAAAAAUAAAUGGUCUCUUCAACGGCAAUAUUUUCCAAGCAAAGCUGGAGGUGCCCCGGCUUGGCUUGACCCAGUAAAUAUACCGCUUGGAAGGUCAUGUACAUGUGACAUAUGUGGAGAGCCUUUGCAAUUUCUUCUCCAGGUUUAUGCGCCAACUGAAGAGGAAAGUACAUUUCACCGGAUGUUAUUUGUUUUCGUGUGUCCUUCAAUGAAAUGUCUUCUUAGGGAUCAGCAUGAGCAAUGGAAACGUCAUCCAGAGAAGCCAUCUAGAAGUGUGAAGGUUUUCCGUUGCCAGUUACCACGUGAUAAUCCUUUUUACUCCAGUGAACGUCCUAAAUAUGAUGGGAGUGACAAACCUGUUGGCAGUGGAGCUGCUUUAUGUGAUUGGUGUGGUACAUGGAAAGGAGAUAAACUCUGCAGUAGUUGUAGACAAGUGCGGUAUUGCUCUGAGAAGCACCAGGUCAGGCAUUGGCGUUCUGGUCAUAAAAUUGCUUGUCCGCAGAUGAAAAUUUCUUCUCCUACAGCUACAUCUGGACCCAACAACUGCAGAACCAUUUCAGCCGAGUCUAAGAAAGGUGCUAGCAACACUCUGUGGCCUGAAUUUGAGAUCAUUAUUGAAGAUGAAAGUGAUAACACAGACAUUUCUGAGAGCAAUGCUUUAACUAGUUCUUUGAUCUCAAAGAACAGAAUCGAUGACGCAAUGAAUUCCAUAUUGGAGAAUUUUCAGGGUGAUGAUGACAAAAAGAGUUGGGUCUACUUCCAGGAGCGUAUUGCUUCAGCCCCUGAACAAAUAUUGAGGUAUUAUAAAAAUACUAAUGCAAGACCCAUAUGGCCUGUUUCAAGUGGUCGACCAUCUAAAGCUGACAUCCCUAAAUGCAGUUACUGUGGUGGUUCUAUGUCUUGUGAGUUUCAGGUUCUGCCACAGCUACUAUAUUACUUAGGCGUGGACAAUGAGGUGGAUUCUAUGGAUUGGGCUUCAAUUGUCGUGUUUGCAUGUGAAGCAUCUUGUGACUCCGUUGUGGCUUACAAAGAAGAAUAUGCUUGGGUUCAACUUUACCUACCUUCCACCGCCUGACUUGACAGUUGAAUUGUCUUUUUUUUUGUUUUUAAAUAGAGCAAGUAUGAGAUAGAAAAUGUAGUGAUGUGGUAUGAAAAGAAAAUUGUUUUUUAUGUUGUUAUAGGAUAUUGAUUUUGUAAUUGAGAAUAUUCAGUUUUGAUUCAUAUUUUAUUCUUAUUAUGAAUGCCCAUGAUAAUAUUGGUUUGAAGUUCUCUA